CACUAUUUUCCUGGGCGGUCUUCCCCUUCUUAUCAGCUCCACGAUAACGAGAGGUGAAGGCGAAACUCCCCAACCCCUUCUCUUCCUGCUCUCCAAAUGGAGCUCAGACCACUGACCCCUCCAUCAACGAAUUGCUUUACCAAAAGGGCCAUUAUGAUUUCAAAUUUCAAAGUGCAAAGUGGCAGCAAUCCUUCCACAGGGCCUCCAUUUCACUUUAACUCACAUGGAAGGGCACAAAAAAAUUGCUUGGUGUCCUCUGCAUUACCCGAAACUGCUGCAUCAGUGAUAGUUUCUGCAAUUGCUGUGAGUGCUGCAGCGGCACUUCUUGCAAGGAGAACAAAAGCUUCUGAUCCCACCAUGAGCUCUUUAAAAAUUUGCGAAGAUUGUGGUGGUUCUGGUAUCUGUGCUGAAUGUAAUGGAGAGGGAUUUGUACUUAAGAAACUGUCAGAACAAAGUGCUGAGAAGGCAAGAAUGGCUGCAAAGAACAUGGCCACUCGGUACACUGCAGGGCUUCCGAAGAAAUGGAGUUACUGCUCAAAAUGCUCUUCAGCUCGGUCUUGUCGAACUUGUGGAGGGACUGGGCGAGUAAGCUUUUAAGCCUCUUCAGAUUGGGUUAUAACCAAGUACUAAAGUCUUGAUUCUGUGUUUGUUGCGAACAUAUGUAUCCUAUGCAUAACAGCCCUGUAAAACAUCAAAGCAUAAUGGAUAUGAAAAUUUUCUUUGCCAA